AUGGCUGGACAGAAGAUUUGGCUGCGCGCUGAGACUAAGCCCGCCGAGGCUCGGUCUGCUCUGACCCCGACCACCUGCAAAGCAUUGAUGGAUGCCGGGUAUGAGGUGACUGUCGAGCGCUCUACCCAGCGUAUUUUUGAUGAUGACGAGUUCGCCCAGAUUGGUGCUCCUCUCGUCGAAGAGGGCUCGUGGGUCAAAGAUGCUCCCAAGGACGCAGUUGUCCUGGGUCUCAAGGAGCUGCCCGAGGAUGACUUCCCGCUGGAGCACGUCCACGUUACUUUCGCCCACUGCUACAAGCAGCAGGGUGGCUGGGAGAAGGUUCUUAGCCGUUGGCCUCGUGGCAAGGGUCUUCUGCUGGACUUGGAGUUCCUCACUGACGAGGUUGGCCGCCGUGUUGCGGCGUUCGGUUUCUCGGCCGGUUAUGCUGGCUCCGCAUUGGCUAUCAAGACUUGGGCUUGGCAAUUGACUCACCCCGAGGGUGAGGUCCUCCCCGGUGAGACCCCUUAUGCCAACCAGGACCUGCUUAUUGCGUCGGUGAAGGAGAGCGUUGAGGCCGGUAAGAAAGUGGCCGGUCACUACCCCAGGAUUCUUGUCAUUGGAUCGCUUGGACGCUGUGGUAAGGGUGCUGUCCAGCUCGCCAAGGACGUUGGAAUCCCCGAUUCCAACAUUAUACAGUGGGAUAUGGCGGAGACCAAGAAGGGUGGCCCCUUCACUGAAAUUGUUGAGAGUGACAUUUUCGUCAACUGCAUUUACCUGAGCUCUCCUAUUCCUCCAUUUGUGAACGUUGAGACCCUGUCUGCCUCCAACCGGGCUCUGUCCGUUGUUUGCGACGUCAGCGCUGACACUACCAACCCCCACAACCCCAUUCCGAUCUACGACAUCACCACCACCUUUGAUAAGCCUACCGUGCCCGUCAAGCUGCCCGCUAGCACCCAGGGCCCGCCUCUCAGCGUGAUCAGCAUCGACCACCUGCCCUCUCUGCUUCCUCGCGAGAGCUCUGAGCAGUUCAGCGCAGCCCUUCUGCCUAGCCUUCUCCAGCUGAAGGACCGCAGCACUGCCCGUGUGUGGGCUCAGGCUGAGGACCUGUUCAAUGAGAAGGUUGCUACUCUACCCGAGUCGCUGCGCCCUUAA